UUACUUACAGUUUAUUUGUAUUUGCAAGGCCGGCUGCAGAUUUCAUGCCUACGCCAUGGAUCUUGCAUAAAAAGAGAAAGAGAGGUUGAGAAAGGGCGGGAGGGAGGGAGGAAGAGAAGGAGCUUUGGUGGGAUUCCUAGGAAAGUGCAAAGUGCAUUUUCCCCGGGCGAUCUGCCGGUCUCCGCACCUGCCCUCUGCUGGCUGGAGCCGUGCAUCAUCAUCAUCAUCAUCAUCAUCAUCAUCCUUUAUUUAUACCCCGCCCAUCUGGGGUAUUAAAAGCACGAUAAAACAUCAAAAUUAAAAACUUUCCUAAACAGGAUUGCCUUCAGAUGUGCAAACACACACAUACACACCUCAACACAUUAAAAAAAAAUAGGCGAUGUGUUUUUUGGAAUACGAAGUUUUAUUUCUAAACAAUAUUUUUGCCCUUUUGUUGCUUUGGAGUCCAAGAGAACAAGUGGGAGCAACCAAGAGGCUUCGAAACGGUUAACAGCAGCGACAGGGCUGCCGUUCCUAGAGCGGAACGGAAUGCUGGCGGGAGAGGAGGAGCUUCCGCUUCCUGUUCCAGUGGAAGUGGGCGCGGCUGCGUCUGUCCGUCCUAGCAGAGGCGCUGGAGGCGGGUAACUGGGGGGAGUCGCCAGGUCAAGGGGCGGAAUUGGGGGGCGAGAGGGAGGAGGAUGCCAGGAGGAAGAGGCGCAAAAGGAUGGAGCCUCGUCCCUCCUGGAGGGAACUAAGGGGCGACGGGGAAAGUCGUCCUCUCCUGGGAGGGGAAGCGGGAGACUUUGAAUGGAUCACCCUUAAAUUGUAAGUUUCCCUUCCUAGAGAACUUGAAGGGCUGCCACAGAAUGUCCUUUUCUCUUGACUACAAAUUUGACAGUCUUAACACUCUUAAUUGGGGCUAAGACAUAUCCAGCCCCAUUACUUGCACACUUGCCAUAAAAGACCAGAGCUGUACAUUUAAGAUAUAUUCAUGCCACAACUGCAUUUCAGUUUUCUGUGCCACAAUAGUUUUCUGUGCUUUGACUUUCACUGCCUUUCAAUAAAGGGUACAGUGGUACUUCGGGUUACAUACGCUUCAGGAUACAGACGCUUCAGGUUACGGACUCCGCUAACCCAGAAAUAGUACCUCGGGUUAAGAACUUUGCUUCAGGAUGAGAACAGAAAUCGUGCUCCGGCGGCGUGGCAGCAGCGGGAGGCCCCAUUUGCUAAAGUGGUGCUUCAGGUUAAGAACAGUUUCAGGUUAAGAACAGACCUCCGGAACGAAUUAAGUACUUAACCUGAGGUACCACUGUAUAUCCAGGUACCUAAACGAGCAAGUUUGUUCUGUAGCUGGCUGAUCUAAGCACCAUUUAUACUCUUGUUGGCCAGAAAAUCAUAAUCUUGGCCUUCUGUUAAUUUAUCGGCAGGCUUUCUUGUUACACUAUGUGCUGAACACCUCCAAGUUAUUUUUGUGGCCCAAUCAGAAAAGUGAGUGGAAUACUGUAUCACCGGCGUACAUCAAUAUUGAGUUCUUUCUGUUCCUAAUUCUUGGACACGGGGAGUUUGUAUUGCCUAAACAUGGCACCAAAUGAUUAAUUUUGUUGUUGUUUAGUCGUGUCAGACUCUUCGUGAUCCCAUGGACCAAAGCACGCCAGGCAAAUGAUUAAUACAGAAGUGGAAAUGAGUGGAAGGCAGAAUGCAGCCUUGCUUCACUCCUCACAACGAUCCUAAAGCAUUGGCCUUACUGUCAUUUAAGCCAACACAUUUCUGUGUUGUUCUUGUAUAAAUAGCAGGUCUGCAGUUGAUGUUGGCAAUUUGACAUUUCUCUGUUUCAAUUUUUCUUAAUAUUCUUAGUAUAUUUCCUUAUAAUAUAGUUCAGAGUAAAACAUUGGUCCAUGUUUUACUCCAUGUUUUACAGGCAGUGACCAUCUUAGGUGCACUCAAUUGAUGCGCAAUUGCUGAGACGGGGAACGGAGGCAGGGAGCAUUUAUAUGCGCUCCAACUACGCACGGGGGACCAAAAACAAAAGGCCUCCUCUGUACUGUUUGCAAUUUUCUGCCUUUAGGAGAUUUAUAUAACGCUUAAUCCCAAAGUGGCAGGUGUUUUUUAUUAUUAUUAUUAUUAUUAGUCACUUUUUAUGAAAAGUAAACUCAAAGCAAUCUACAAUAUGAUGCAAAAAUCAAAGGCACUCUAAAACAAAGCAAAACAAAAGGUAUAUGAAUGUUUGUCACUCCAAACCAAAAUUUUGGCGCUUGCAUCAAGGGCUGCUGUUUAAUUUCCUCUCUUUCCUGCACUUUUCUUUUGCUAACUGCUAUGCUUGCAAGGGCAAAAAAUUAUGUUUCUGUUAAGUACAGCAGUUUCUGCAAGAGCAUUCCGGGCAAAAGUGGAAAAAAAGAAUAGAGAAACAAACAACUUCAGGUCCACAUUAAAGUCCAGUAUGACUGAGGCCUUAUUUAUUUCCGUGACAUCUGAUGGGAGGGCUUUCCACAGGGCAGGUGCCACUACCGAGAAGGCCCUCUGCCUGGUUUUCUGUAACUUCACUUUGUGCAGUGAGAGAACCGCCAGAAGACCCUCGGAUCUCAGUGUCCAGGCUGAAUGAUAGGGGUGAAGACGCUCCUUCAGCAUUUUAUCAGUUUGCCUUUUUAUUCCAUCAGGAGAUGUUGAAGGGAUGCUGGCAGAAGUGUCACCGAAAGGAUCCAAAGAGCAGGUGGAGCAAAGGAAGCUGAGGGUUCAAGAUGGAGGCAGCAGGCAAGAGGGAAGACGAAAGCAGAAGCCAGGGGGUAAUUCAGGUACAUCUCAGGGUGGUGAAAAUCAAAUUCACAGAGAGGAGAAAAAGUAUGAAUGUACAAUGUGUGGAAGUAGAUUUGGUUAUUGCUCAACUCUUACUUCACAUCAAAGAGUGCACAUGGGACAAACCUUAUAAAUGCUUUGAAUAUGCAAAGAGUUUCACUCGCAGCAGUCUGCUUACUAGACAUCAACAAACUCAUGGAGGGGACGAACCUUAUAAAUGCUGGGAGUGUGGAAAGAGCUUCCGUUGCAACGGUGCCCUUACUGAAUUCAUGCAGGGGAGAAACCCUACAAAUGUUUCAAAUGUGGAAAGAGCUUCAGUGGCAGUCACUCCUUUACCUUGCAUUGAAGAAUUCAAACAGGGAGGAAACAGGAAGUGUUGUACUUGACCGCUUAUGUUACAUUGCACAGUUUUGUGUGUGUGAUAGGAACUGCCUUCCAUUUUCCUCCAGGUUCUGGUGUCUUUUGAGGAGGUGGCAGUAUAUUUCACCCAGGAAGAGUGGGCGCUCCUGGGUCCAGCUCAGAAAGCUCUCUACAGGGAAGUCCUGCUGGAGAAUUAUGAGGAAUUGGCUUCUCUGGGUAAGCAUCCUUUGGUUGAGAGAUGUGUAUGUUUGUUUCCCCAAACCCAUUGACCACUUCAAACGUUAAAGAAAAGGAACCUCAAAGCAGUUUGCAGAAAGAAUAAAGCAAUAACAUUAUCAGGAAAAUAGCUAAAAAAACAACUAUUUAAACCAUUCCAAAAAUGAUUAAAACCAACACUGCCCUAAAGACCAGAUUGAAACACACGACAACUGUCUUGUUUGCCUGGAAAAAGUGACGUAAACAAGAAUGUUUUUAUUUGUUGUCGUUUAGUCGUGUCCAACUCUUCGUGACCCCAUAGACCAGAGCACGCCAGGCCCUCCUGUCUUCCACUGCCUCCCGCAGUUUGGUCAGACUCAUGUUUGUGGCUUCGAGAACACUGUCCAGCCAUCUCAUCCUCUGUCGUCCCCUUCUCCUUGUGCCCUCCAUCUUUCCCAACAUCAGGGUCUUUUCCAGGGAGUCUUCUCUUCUCAUGAGGUGGCCAUAGUAUUGGAGCCUCAGCUUCAGGAUCUGUCCUUCCAGUGAGCACUCAGGGCUGAUUUCCUUCAGAAUGGAGAGGUUUGAUCUUCUUGCAGUCCAUGGGACUCUCAAGAGUCUCCUCCAGCACCAUAAUUCAAAAGCAUCAAUUCUUGUUUUUAUUAGCAGGUUCUAAAUAGGGUGCCACGAAAAACAUACCCCUAACAAUGAUGUAUCUUCUGCUUUUCCCUCAAAGAAGGGCCUCUGUUUCCUCAACCUCGCCUCAUCUCCUGGUUGGAAGAGGAGGAAGAGGAGUUUGUCCAGAAGAAAGAAGCAGGUGGGUGCCUGAAGAACACAGGAAGUGCAUCGAGCCCGGCUUCCUGUUCUCGAGGUGGCUAAGCAGAUCCCUGUGGGCAGGCCAUGAGCUGUGAGCACAACAGCAACGCUUCCCAGUCGUGAUCCCUGUUGUGAGGUUUUUUGGUUUCCCGUUAAUUUAAUUAUUUGUUUUUUUCAAAUUACAGUUUUACAAUCACAUAUCCGAGGCCAGUCUUUUUGGGACGCGGGUGGCGCUGUGGGUUAAACCACAGAGCCUAGGGCUUGCCGAUCAGAAGGUCGGCGGUUCGAAUCCCCGCGACGGGGUGAGCUCCCGUUGCUUGGUCCCUGCUCCUGCCAACCUAGCAGUUUGAAAGCACGUCAAAGUGCAAGUAGAUAAAUAGGCUCUGGCGGGAAGGUAAACGGCGUUUCCGUGGGCUGCUCUGGUUUGCCAGAAGCGGCUUAGUCAUGCUGGCCACAUGAUCCGGAAGCUGUACGCCAGCUCCCUCGGCCAAUAAAGCGAGAUGAGCGCCUCAACCCCAGAGUCGGCCACAACUGGACCUAAUGGUCUGGGGUCCCUUUACCUUUACCUUUAUCCAACAUACAACAAUCUUGUUCGUUCCAAGCACUGAGCUGCUCUGUGGUUGCUCAGUCAUAACUAUUUAUAUUUAUUAUCUGCUUUGCUCAUAAAAAGGACCCAAAACGACUUAACAAAGAACUCAGAGGUGCUUCAGAGUAAAACAUCCCUUCCUCAGGAGCUUGAAAAAUGGACAAGCUGCUUCCAGUCAGUUCAAGAACCAACUUGAAAAAGUAGUUGAGCAAACCCAUGCCACCUUCCUUCCACGUACAUUUUGAAGGGAAAAAACAAAAUGUUUUAUCCUGCUACCUUUUCCAUGCCACUUUUGCAGGUAGUCGAAAAUGCCGCAGGUCCUCUCCUCUUUGGGAUGAAGUGGAAGGAAUGGCCCUCCCUUCAGCUCAGGUAAUUGGGUCUGGAGGUCUCCUCCUGUGGCUUCUUCGUUUGUUUAAUCGGUUAGUGUUUUCUGAGGCAGCACAUAAAAUUCUCUCAGCAUGGUAGAAAUAGAGUAGAAACAUAACUCCAUACAGCAGGGGCACAGACAGUGAGGCCUCCCCUCUUAUUGGGAUCCCCCUAGUGAAGCUGAGGAGCUAACUGGCGCCUACUUUGAGCCCUGCUUUGUCUGUUUGCAGGCAUGGUUUUAAUAAUAAUAAUAAUUUAUUAUUUAUACCCUGCCCAUCUGACUGGGUAUCGCCAGCCACUCUGGGCAGCUCCCAACAGAAUAUUAAGAGCACAAUAAAACAUCAAACAUUAAAAAUUCCCUAAAUAGCGCUGCCUUCAGAUGUCUUCUAAAAGUCAAAUAGUUGUUUAUUUCCUUGACAUCUGCUGGGAGGGCGUCCCACAGGGCCAUUACCAAGAAGGCCCUCUGCCUGGUUCCCUGUAACCUCACUUUUCGCAGUGAGGGAACCGCCAGGAGGCCCUCGGAGCUGGACCUCAGUGUCCGGGCUGAACGAUGGGGGUGGAGACGCUCCUUCAGGUAUACUGAGCCGAGGACAUUUAGGGCUUUAAAGGUCAGACCAACACUUUGAAUUGUGCUCGGAAAUGUACUGGGAGCCACUGUAGGUCUUUCAGGACCAGUGUUAUAUGGUCUCGGUGGCCAUUCCCAGUCACGACAGACCCUCAUGCUUUUUGCACACACUGUUCUUAUCCUCCGUCCAGGCAAGGAAAAAAAGCAGCAGGCAAGGAAAAAAGCAUCAAGGACACAUUCUAGCUGGGCACAAACCUGUGGUGAGGGUUUGCCAAGCCCUCUUAGCACGUUUCUCCCUUUUGUCCUGAGUCUGAGCAUCUUCAAAGCCCAUGACCCUUUUGCUAAAGGCUGUUCUCCAAUUGAAGCGCUCGCAGGCAAAAUGGAAGAGUAAUGAAAUCCCCUCUAUACAAGAUUGGAUCCAAGAGCUGACAGAAUAUGCCGAAUUAGACGGUCUAUCAGAAAAAAUAAAGAAUAAAUCAAAACAGGAAUUUGUUUCAAAAUGGGAGGUUUUCAAAGAAUAUUUGAAAAAUAAAUAUAGUAGUUUAAAUUCUGUUGCAGCAUUCAAGGAACUUCAGUAAUAGUUGCAAGGUAGAUAUAAGGAAUCAGAUAUAUUAAGAAAAAGUUUAAUUAUGAUAAAAGUGUGUAUUGGCAAUAAGUAAUAUGAAAUCGAAAUAUGGAAUAGAUGGGAGGUUGGGUCUUUAGUGUUAAGACCAAUAUGUGUUUUAUUGUUUGUUAAGAAAAUAAUGUGUCUAUGGUUAUUCCUGUGUGUAAUUUGGUAUUUGUGUUUUUUCUUUUUUCUUGCUGUAUCAAUAAAAAUUAAUAAAAAUAAAAAUGAAGUGCUCGCAGGCCAAUGUUUCCUAUUUGUCAGUGUUUAUACUCCUUUUUUUUAGAUUUGCUUUGAGAGAGUCUUUCAACCUCUUUUGUUGACACCCCUGGUGUACAUAAAGACUCACUGUGGGGUGGUUCUGGAGGUGGGUUCUCAUUACGGUAUCUUUUACUUCCCUUCCUUGGAUAUUUCUCUCUCUUUCUCUUUUCUUUUUCUUUUUUUGGGAAGGUACCAUCAGAAUUAUGGAUAUUUCUGCCUUUUUUCAGAGUUUGGUGUCCUUUGAGGAGGUGGCUGUGUACUUCACCAGGAUUGAGUGGGCUUUGCUGAAUUCAGGCCAACAAGAACUCUACAAAGAUGUCAUGCUGGAUAAUUACAGGAACUUGGCCUCUCUGGGUAAAGAUCCCUCUGCACUCACCUUCUUGAAUUCCUCAUCGUUCUCUCCAUAUAGGAAGUCCAUGGUCAGUUCUGGCUAAGCCAAGCCUUACUGUGCUAGCUGCCAAAAUUAGACAGGCGCCACCCAGCUUAGCUGCCUACUGAGGUCAUUUUGGGCUAAAGAAGAUUUUUCCCUUGAGUUUUCACCCAGACAUUUGGUCAUUGAUUCUGCUUGUAUUGAUUCGGAGCAGACUCCCAAUGUAUAGUCAGCAGAGUAAAAACAUAAACACACUUCAGGGAGCAUGGUUUGGAUUUAAUAAUAAUAAUAGUAAUAAUAAUAUAUUUUUUCCAAUGCAAAGUUAUAAAAAUCCAUAUAUAUCAAUCCAUAUUAUCCAUGGUAAUUGUUAUACAACAAGUGAAAUCAGAAUCCUGCCAAUGUUUCCAUCUGCUUAAAGUGGUCUCUUAGCUAGCUUAUAAACUUUUCCCAUUCUUUAGAAAAGCUUUUGUCCUCUUGGUUCCUGAGUUUUCCAGUCAGCUUUGCCAUUCAGUAAGCUUGGUUUGCCAUUCCUCUCUGGUAGGGACCUUGUCUUCUUUCCAUCUCUGCGCUAGCAGCAUCCGGGUGGCUGUUGUUCCAUACAUAAAGAGUCUUUUCUGGUCCUUUGGGAUGUUGGUACCUGUAAUUCCUAAUGGAAAAGCUUCUGGUUUUUUAACAAAAGUUAUUUAAAAUAUGUUUUUCAUUUCAUUAUAUAUCAUCUCCCUUGCAGUCCACUGCCACAUUUUCUUUACAUUUCCAGCAGAUAUUUGUACUUGUCCUAUACAUUUUUGCCAGCUUGGUAGGAGUCAAAUACCACCGGUACAUCUUUUUCAUAUAGUUUUCUUUCAGAGUACAACAUGCCGUGAAUUUCAGGUCUGUUUUCCAUAACCUUUCCCAAUCUGCCAUCUGAAUAUUACGUCCCAGAUCCUUUGUCCAGUGUGUCAUUACUGACUUGACCAGUUCAUUUUCUGUACAUGGUUUGGAUUUUCUGCAAACCUUUGCAGUCCUGGGUGCCGUCAAUAACACUUUUUGCUCUCUUUCUUUUUGUUCCAUGAAGAAGGGCCACUGAUGCCCCAUUCGGACCUCAUCUCCUGGCUUGAAGAAAAGGAAGAGUGGUUGGUCCAGAAACAAGAGGCAGGUAGGUCCUUGGGUAGAGAAGAAGAUGGAGGGCGGGGAAACCUGUGGCUUUUUGGAGCUUGCUAAAUUAGAAUCCCCAUGGGUGGUUUCGUCGUCUCCUGGUGUUUUUGUAGUACAUUCUAUGUAGAAUCAAAGAAUUGUCAAGUUGGAAGGGACCCUGAGGGUCAUCUAGUCCAACCAACUGCAAUGCAGCAAUCUUGACUGAAGAAUCCAUGAAAUGUGGAUGGAGCAAUUGGUGAUAAAUGGUGUUGGUUUGGAGAUAGAUGGAUGUUGCUAUAUCCACAGUUGCUUUGGUGAUGUGGUUGGGGUCAGUGAUGGAUGGAUAUGGUUGCUUUGGUGGUAGAUGGAGUGGUUUGGUGAUUGUGGGAGUGGCUGGUGCAGUGAUGGAUGGAGAUGGAGUUGCUUUGGUGACACCAGACUGAUGUUUCUAGGUCCAUCUAGUGCUCCCCCUCUCUCAUUCCUGUCCCGUUUCAAAGAUCUGGUCCUUUGGGUUGGAAUGGAGGUAUGGAAAAGAGACAGCAUGGUUUGGAUUUUCUAUAAAUCUAGGACCUAAAAAGCCUAGGACCCUCGUACUGCCUCUCCCGGUAUGCCCCACGGAGGACCUUAAGGUCCAUAAAUAGCAACACCCUAGAGGUCCCGGGCCCUAAGGAAGUCAGAUUAGCCUCAACCAGAGCCAUGGCCUUUUCAGCACUGGCUCCAGCCUGGUGGAAUGCUCUGUCUCAUGAGACCAGAGCCCUGCGGGAUCGGAUUUCUUUCCACAGGGCCUGUAAGAGUUGUUCCGCCUGGCCCUUGGCUUGGAGCAGAUUUGAUUCCCUCCUCCUCUUUCUUUUUUCCUUUCUCCUCCUGUGAUGAGGCUGCAUUUUAAUGUUUUAAUGUUGUAUUCUAAUCUUGUUUUUAAGUUGUAUUUCAGUCAACUUGUUUUUAUUAUUGGUUGUUAGCCGCCCUGAGCCCGGUCUUGGCUGGGGUGGGCGGGGUAUAAAUAAAAUUAUUAGUAGUAGUAUUAGUAUUAUCAUUAUUAACUUCUGCACUCACAUGGGCCAUCAAUAACAAUUUUUGCUUCUUUUUUAAUCCCAUCAAGAAGGGUCUCUGAUGCUCCAAUCAGACCUCAUCUCCUGGCCUGAGGAAAAGGAAGAACUGCUGGUCCAGAAGGAAGUGGCAGGUAAGUCCUUGGAUAUAGAGCAGGGAUGGGGGAAACUCUAUGGUCUUCUACUUGUUGCAGUAAUGCAACUCCCAUGAGUGGUUUCGUCAUCUCCUGGCAUUUUUGUAGUACCUUCUAAGCAGAGUGGAUGGAGUGGCUGGUCAUGGGAGGAGUUUGACGAUUGAGAGGGUUGUUGAUGGAUGGAGUGCUUUGGCGAUGGUGGGAGUGACAGGUGGAGUAAUGGAUGACGGUCAAAUCGCUUUGGUGACCCCAAAUGGAUGUUUUAAGGCAGGCACCUCCCCAAACUCGGCCCUCCAGAUGUUUUGAGACUACAAUUCCCAUCAUCCUUGACCACUGGUCCUGUUAGCUAGGGAUGAUGGGAGUUGUAGUCCCAAAACAUCUGGAGGGCCGAGUUUGCCUAUGCCUGUUUUAAGGUCUGUGCAUUGCUCUCCUCUAUGCUUGUCUUCUUUCAAAUAUCUGGGAGGUUGAGAUGGUGUCAGGGACUGGACUGAGGAAGAAUGGUGUGAGCCACCCCCUUUUCCUGAACCUUUCCAAGGGCAGGAGGACAGUAUUGAUUUAGUUUGCAGAGCGGCAUAGCCCAGAGGGGGAAAGCUGGGAAAUACUGGGUGAGGAACAGGAGACAGCUGGCAGAUUCAGUCCUUGGACAUCAUUUCUGACGCCACGCCCCCUCCCUCCCCUAAGACUAGAUGGACUUGGAAAGGGAUGGAACAGAAAGCGCAACGGCAACAAGCUCAGAUUGCCCAAUGUAGGAGUGUUGUAGAUUAAUGGGGACAGAAGGGGUAAACCUUUACUGGGAGCAAUGCCAUUUUUUAGCAUGAUAUGCAUUCCUUGUCUCUCGCUGUGAUUAUUAAAGAACUUAUCUGGUAAGAGCACUCUUUUUGUUUGAUCUGCUUAAUUACUGCCACCGGGGGAGGGAUCCGAUUCCCUGAAGCCUGGCAGAUGGGAUGGAGGGCUGAAAAGAGAAUACAUGGUUCGGAUUUUCUUUGACCUUUUGCAGUCACAGGUGGCAUCAAUAACAGUUUUCGCUUUCUUCUUAUCCCAUUAAGAAGGGCCUCUGGUGUCCCAAUUAGACCUCACCUGGUUUGAAGAAAAGGAAGAGUUGUUGGUUCAGAAGAAAAGGACAGGUAAGUCGUUGGAUAUAGAAGAUGGAUGAGAGAAACCCUGUGGUCUCCCGGAUGUUGCUGAAUUGGAACUCCCAUGAGUAGUUUCAUCUUCUCCUGGUGUUUUUGUAGUACAUUCUGUGUAGAGUGGAUGGAGCUGGUUUGGUGAUGGAUGGAUGUUGCUCAUAUAUAGUUGCUUUGGUAUGGAAUUGGGGUUGGAAUUGGCUGUUUUGGUGAUGGAUGGGUUUUUUUGGUGAUGGCAGAAGUAACGAGUGGAAUGGUUUGAUUGUUGGAGUGGUUUGAUGAUUGAGAGGGAGAGAUUUGUUUUUGGCAAUGGAUGGCGUUGGUUUGGUGAUAGUGAAAGUGGUUGGGGAGGGAUGGGGUGGUUCAAUGGUUAGAGCAGAUGUAGUGGUUUGAUGACUGAGGGAGAAACUCAGAGUGAUUUGCGCUUUUUACAGGAUCUUCAUUUUCUGUCUGCCCCCUCCUCAUGCAGGUGAUGGACAGGACAAUGAGAAUUAUCAGGCGCCAUAUAUAGCGUUGUCAGAAACAACCACACGUGAUACGGGGAAAGAAAUGUUUGGAAAUCAAAGAGAAAGGCACAAUGUGAACCAAUCAAAGCCUAGGCAGAAGAGGCAAUCUGCUUCCCAGGGGGCUGAGGUCCAUGAACUCCUGACCCCUCCAGAAGAUUGUAAAGAUAAUAAGAAUAUUACGUGUCCAGUGUGUGAUAAAAUAUUCCAGUAUAGAUCACAGUUAAAUACACAUAGCAGAAGUCACACAGGAGAGAAACCAUACAAAUGCACAGAGUGCGGGAAGAGCUUCAGUACAAGCAGUUCCCUUACUGCACAUGGAAGAACCCACACAGGAGAAAAACCGUAUAAAUGCAUGGAGUGCGGAAAGAGCUUCAGCCAAAGAGGAAGUCUUAUUGCCCAUCAAAGAACCCAUACAGGGGAGAAGCCAUAUAAAUGCAUGGAGUGUGGAAAGAGUUUCAGUCAACUUGGACAUCUUAUUUCCCAUCAGAUAAUCCAUAAAGGGGAGAAACACUGUAACUCUGGACAUGUGGACUGUGGAAAGGGCCUCCAUGAUAGCAUAACCUUUACUGAACAUCAGAGAACCCGCACAGGAGAGAAGCAGUAUAAAUGUCUGGAGUGUGGGAAGAGCUUUGAUAUGAGAGGAACCCUUGCCAAACAUCAAAGAAUCCACACAGGGGAGAAACCAUAUAAAUGCAUGGAGUGCGGAAAGAGCUUCCGGGCUAGCUGGACCCUUUGUAUACAUAAACGAAUCCACACAGGGGAGAAACCAUAUAAAUGCUUGAACUGCGGAAAGAGCUUCCGGGAUGGCGGAACCCUUGCCAAACAUCAAAGAACCCACAAAGCGGAGGAAAGAUAUAUCUGCACAGACUGUGGAAACGUCUUUCGAGGGAGCGGUAGCCUUACUUUACAUCAAAGAGUCCACACAAGGGAGAAGCAGUGUGCUGGGUGGAACCUUUCCGAACAGCAAAUAAUCCACAUACGAGAAACCAUGUAAAUUUAUGGAAUGUCAAAAUGCCUUCUGGUAUUCAGUUACUGACUCAUCCUUUUAUGCAUGAAAGCAUUAACCUGAGCCAGAAAUGAGCUCUAGUUAACUGCUCCUAGCAGCCAUUCUUUAUACCUCUCUCUUUCUCUCCGACUUCCUGAAAGACAGCAUUACCCGGCAUGGCUCCCAGCUCGAGAAAACCACACGAAUGAAUCUUUCUACAAGAGUUUUCUACAGUUCCCGUCUUUGCUAACACAAAGACUACACAGUUCCUUUUUUGUAACGAAACCAACUUCUUUUCUUUUCAAACAGUUUGGAACCUUUUCUUCGUUGCUUUUACCGCCAACGGAUGGAGACUUGUUUGCUGUAACUUCUGAAACUAGCCCAGCUGUUUUCAUGGGGAACAUUUGUUUAAAGGUGAAUGAGGGCAGAUAUAGAAUCUAACCACAUUUUUAUGUGCUUGGUAAGGUAAAGGUAAAGGGACCCCUGACUCUUAGGUCCAGUCGUGACCGAUUCUGGGGUUGUGGUGCUCAUCUCGCUUUGCUGGCCGAGGGAGCCGGCGUACAGCUUCCGGGUCAUGUGGCCAGCAUGACUAAGCCGCUUCUGGCGAACCAGAGCAGCGCACGGAAAUGCCGUUUACCUUCCUGCCGGAGCGGUACCUAUUUAUCUACUUGCACUUUGACGUGCUUUCAAACUGCUAGGUUGACAGGAGCAGGGAUCGAGCAACGGGAGCUCACCCUGUAGCGGGGAUUCGAACCACCGACCUUCUGAUCAGCAAGUCCUAGGCUCUGUAGUUUAACCCACAGCACCGCCCACGUCCCUAUGUGCUUGGUACCAAUCGGCAAUUGUGCUAACUCUGUAUGAGAAAGUAAAUCUUUUUGUCCAAACGUCUCUCUGCAGCAUCAGGUUAUGGGGCUCAGGCAACACGUAGGUCAGAGGUUUUCAACCUUUUUGGGUCCACGGCUCCCUUGACCAACUACCUUCUUUCUACGGCACCCCUGUGGGGCUCUGGAGCCCAGUUAGGUCACUCCUUGCCUGCCGAGCUGGCAGACUCUCACCCUUUUUCAAACACCCUCCCUUGCGGUGUGUUCCAUCAGUCUCCUCUCCUCUCCUCUCUCCUUGGGAGUCCUCCAGCCGCUGCUGCCGCCUCUUUAAGGAACUUGUCUAGAAUAGUAAGCUCUUUCAUAGAACCAUAAAAUUGUAGGGUUGGAAGGGAUCCUGAGGGUCAUCUAGCCCAACCCCCAGGAAUCUUUUGCUUAAUGUGUGGCUCAAACCCAUGGCCCUGAGACUGCAGACCUUGGACUGAGUAAAUGUGAACCUAUCCAGAUGAUACAGGUCAGCAGUACAAAGCUGUCAAGGACCAAUUAAUUCCUGGCAUGCACAAAACACAUUGGGGUGAGAUAUCACUACAUUUUUGAACAUGUCCAGGGUGGAAUUGUGGAACCAGUUUAUUGUCCCAUCAGACAGCUGACAUACUGAGCAAACCUUUACAUGUGAGGAGCUUUGGGUCAAAAUGGGACUCUUGAGGGGGAGGGACUUAACAUGCUGUUUGUAUGUUCUUUGCAUGUACACAUCUGCUUGUCAGAGAAGAGAAACUGGCAAUAUACUGCAUAUCUGAAGAAGUAUGCAUGCACACAAAAGCUUAUACCCAGAACUACUUAGUUGGUCUCUAAGGUGCUACUGGACAAUUUUUAUAUUUAUUUUGGCAAUAUACAGUUACUGACUUACACCUGUGUGCAUGAAAGUGUUAACCAGAGCCAGAAAUCAGCUCGUUAAAAUGGGAGAGACUCCUAGCAGCCUUUGCUUCUUCCUCCCUCUCUCUUUUGCUCUUGUCUUCCUGGAAGACGCCAGUAGCCAGCAUGGUUCCCAGCUCAAGAAAAAUCUACUUCAUGUAUCUUUGUUAAUGUAAUUUUUGUUACAUUAAAUUAAACUUAAUUCUUUUUGUAAUAUAACUUAUUUAUUUUCCUUUUAAAUUGCUUGGAACCUUUUCUUCCUUACUUUACUUCCAAUGGACGGAGACUUGUUUGUUGCAGCUUCUGAACCUCUGCAAGUAAAAUCUUCACUUUUCAAAGCUACGUGUCUGAGAUUUAUUCUAGCCUAAGUAUUUUCAUGGGGAACAAUUGUUUGAAGGUGGAUGAGGGCAGAUGUAAAAUCUAGCCAAGUUUUAAUGUGCUUGAUACCAAUGUGCUAACUCUGCAACGAGAAAAUAUUUUUUUCAAUCUCUCUCUCCAACAUGGGAUAAACAUAUGAAUGUAUGGCAUGUGGGAGGUGUAUGAACACCUUACACUACAUCAGGAGUGGGGAACAUCCAGUCUAUGCUUGUCUCUCCCAGGCAGGGCCAGCCCACCCUUUAGCCUCUAACUUUUAUUCUGGCACCCCUUUGAAACAUCUCCAUUCUCCCAGGCGUUUCAUAAAAUCAUACAGUUGGAAGAGACCCUGUGGGUCAUCUAGUCCAACCCCCUGCAGUGCAGGAAUCUUGCCCAGUAUGGGGCUCAAACCCAUGACCCUGAGAUUAAGAGUCUCAUGCUCCACCAACUGAGCACGUCCAGGUCUUAGGAUGUGUUGACAUGGUAUUA